ACAGCUUACUAGCAAACCAUAGUCUACCCGUGGUCGUGCAUCUAGCUAAUAUAGGGCGGUGCUUUGUUUUCUAAACGUGUUCUCAGUCGAUUUCAGAGUUUGUGAGGACGUUUUCAGCAUCUCGAAAAAUAGUUUUAAAAAUUGCCUUUAUUUAAAGCUUCUAAAUUUCCUAAAAGUUAGGCAAGGAUUAAGGAAGGAUCAGAAAACCGUGUUUCGUCUCUUGUCGUUUUACCUCCGCAGGCAGUUCUUCUAGGAUUACAUCAUCAUGUUGAAUUUAUCCAUCUUUACGGCAAAAUGUUGAAGAUUAUUAUUAGCAAAGCAACGUUAUGCCUGUUUCUGUCGCUCAUUCGCGGUGUGUUUGGUGCUAAUACAGAUGAAGUGAAGUCAAUAUCAGUGACUGAGAGAGAUUCUGUUACUUUAAACACUGAUGUUACUGAAAUACUGAAAACUGAUCAGAUACUGUGGAUGUUUGGACCUCAAGAGACUCGUAUCGCUGAAAUACAUAAGCAGAGCAUUGACAUGUUUGACAGUAAUGAGACAUUUGGAGACAGACUGAAGAUGGACAGACAAACUGGAUCUCUGACCAUCACAGACAUCAGAAAUGAACAUUCUGGACUUUAUAAACUAACAAUAAUCAGCAGUAGAGAAACUUCAUACAAGAGAUUCACUGUUACUGUUUAUGCUCUUCCUGUUCCUGUAAUUAGCAGCAACUAUUCAAACUCUUCAUCAUCAUCAUCAUCAGUUUCCAGUUGUUCGGUGUUGUGUUCAGUGUUGAAUGUGAGUGCUGUGAGUCUCUCCUGGUACAAAGGAAACAGUGUAUUGUCCAGCAUCAGUGUGUCUGAUCUCAGCAUCAGCCUCUCUCUACCUCUGGAGGUGGAAUAUCAGGAUAAAAACACCUACAGCUGUGUGGUCAACAACACCAUCACAAACCACACCACACAUCUGGACACUGAACAACUCUGUCAGACAAGUAGAGCAUCGCAAGCUGCUAUUUUCCUCCCUGUGAUUUCUGCUUUAGUUCUGGCUGGACUUGCUGCUGCAAUGUACUUCCUAUAUAAAAAGCACAAAGGAAAAAAGCACAAAGGAAAAAAAGUUGAUGGUUCCAAAGCAAGUACACAAAGACUGACAACAGCCCAAACUGAGCAGACAGAGGAUGUAGAGAUACAAUAUGCCGAAGCAACAUUUCAUCCACAAAAUAAACCACAAAAUAAAGCAAAUGGGACUGAGGAAAUUAUAUACUCCAGUGUCAACAUGGUCACAUGAUGACAUGUGACACCGACCAUCCAUUUCAUUUCAGCACAAUGCUUUUGUCUGGAUCUGUGCUUAAAAAUCUGAAAAAUAUGGCAAAAAGAAUUCAGAUGACCAUAUCGCUGGGCUUUUUUUUUGUGUGGAAGAACCAGAUUAAUGCAAAAUAAAUGAGAACUCAACAUAUUGAAUUUGAUUUGACUGGCUUUGUCUUUUGCAUAUUCAAAUAGUCCUAUGACAAACAUAGAUAUAUUUCCAUGAACACUGACAGUCCUAUUGAGCUAAAGUUAACAGGAGACCAAGCAAAAGCUCAAUGAAGUAUGGGAUAUAUAUUGUGUUGUAUAUAUGUAGAACCACAGAGUUUUAAUAUAUAUUAUAUGCUGCAGUGGACAUACAUAAUAGUCUUUAGUUGUGUUCCUUUGCUCUGAGUAGUUUUUUGAAAAAAACAAUUGUACUUAAUUUAAUUUUGAAAAAGUAAUGGUCUUGCAUCAGACUGCUCAAAUCAUUUCCUCCUAUCUAUUUUAUAUUAUAUCUAUUUUCUCCUAUUGAUAUAUCUAGUCUAUAUUUUCUAUAUUACACAGAAACUACUAAAGAUCACCUCAGGGUUUCUCAUCUAAUUGGUUCUUACGGUUAACAAGUAAAUUCCAGCUCCUGCCUAUGGUGUAUGCAAACUGCAAGUCAUUACAUGUCCCGUCAAACCAUAUCAUUACAAACCUGUUUAAAUUUAGCAUGCCUCUUUUUACUGAACCACUGAUUCUUGUUUUGCCCUAGUUUAAACAGUAAUGUAUUUGUGUGCAGACUCAGCACAAAGGUUUUUAAAGUAAUUUAUAUGCAAUCAGAAUUCAAUGUUAUUUCCUUUGAUUAAUAAUAUUUGCUCGAAAACAUUUCCUGUAACUGCUGUUUUUCCAGGAUGAAGGGUGUGGCUUGUAGUUGUCAUCUGCUUUUUGUAUUGUGUGUGACUGUGAUAAAAGCAGAAUCUCAUAUUUCAGUAUUAAUGGCUGUCAUGUAGGCUAUGUUGCUGUAGCAAGUAUCGUUUAUCUCAGUAAGAAUAAUAUGACAAACUGUACUCUUUCAGAUGUGGUAUGUUUAAUAAAUUGUUUAUAAAUCGUUUUUGUA